AUGGAGCCCAGGGGUCCAACCCACGGUGGAUCUUCACCAACAAAACGAGCUGCUCCACCCCCCACCAGCAUCCACGGCAACCACCCCCACAAGGUCGAGAUGGAUAGAAGUUGGCUUUAUACAAGUGCACCAUUUUCGCCGGCCUUUUUGUCUGGUAUUCAACAAUUCAUGGAAUAUGUCAGAGGUAGUGUAGAUGAGAAAAUCAAGUGCCCAUGCCAAAAAUGCCUGAACCAGAAAGAGAAAAGCCUAGAUGAUGCACAUGAGGAUAUCGAGCUCAAUGGUAUGUCUAGGUGCUAUAUUAGGUGGGCUCAUUAUGGAGAGGAAGAAGAUGAUGUUGGACAAGAUGAUGAUGGAGAACUCGCUGUUGUACCUGAAGAUAUGUCAUGUGAUGGAACUGACCAAGGCCAGGCACCACUUGAUGAGGAAGGACAAGCUGAAGAUGUCAUAGAUGACGGUGCAAGGGGAGUUCAGGGGUUGAUUCAAGAUUUGCGAGACGCAGCAAGCCAUGGCCUCGGUGGUAACUUAUAUAAACAACUCAUGGAAGAGGCAAAGUGUGAACUUUAUCCAGGUUGCACCGAGGAGACUAGGCUAUCUUUCAUGAUUAAAUUGCUGCAUAUAAAAGUGUACAAUCGGAUAACAACAUCUGGGUUCGAUACAUUCCUUGAGUUGCUUUCUUCAACUUUGAAUAAUGUUCCCGGAAUUCCUAAGUCAUAUAACGAGAUGAAAGCUGUGCUUCGGAAGCUUGGUUUUGGUUAUGUUUCUAUUGAUGUGUGCAAGUAUGAUUGUGCCUUGUUUUCGAAGGACCAUGAAGGCGAUGAUCAUUGCCCAGUUUUUGGCUUCACAAGAUGGAAAGUGAACAAGGAGUGCAGAAAGAAAGUUCCUCACAAGGUCCUCCGUUACUUUCCAAUAAUUCCACGCCUUCAAAGGCUUUUCAUGUCAAAGCAGCGGGCACAAUAUGCAAGAUGGCACAAGGAAAAGAGGGUACCCGUUGAAAAUGAAAUGAGACAUCCUGCUGAUGGAGAAGCUUGGACAGAUUUUGAUGAGACUUUCAAGUCUUUUGUAGAUGAUCCCCGCAAUUUGAGACUGAAGAUGUUGCUCCCCCAAAUAACACAAGCUCUUAUGGUCAGUCUUGAUGAUAAACGCUUGUCUCUAUAG